GAAAUAGUUGGCUGCUGGCAGUUUCAUGCACUCUGACCAGACUUCAGCUUGGUGUUUUGGAGCCCUCUCUUACAUCAAACAUCUGCUCUACUCAUCCUCUGAGUGUCAUCUCAGGACCUGGGCCACACUCAUGGCACGAUGGCCAGCCCUCAGGAGCACCUGAGUUGCUCCCCGUCUCCAUGCUCACCCGUGAGUGAAAGCCAGACCUUCACUGGCCUACAAGAUGAACUCGCAGCCAUGGGGAACCACCCUUUACCCAAGCUCCUCGAGGACCAGCCGGAAAGAGGCGUGGUACGCCCAGAGCUAGUGGAGAGUGUAAGCAGCCCCAUCACCACAACAGUGUUGACCAGCGUCAGCGAGGACUCCAGGGACCAGUUUGAGAACAGUGUUCUUCAACUGAGGGAACAAGAUGAAGCAGAGGUGGCUGUGUCUCAGGGGAACAACAGCACAGUAGAUGGUGAGAACACAAAUGGGACUGAGGACAUCAAGAUUCAGUUCAGCAGGUCGGGCAGUGGCAGCGGGGGGUUUCUCGAAGGACUCUUCGGAUGCUUGCGACCUGUGUGGAACAUCAUUGGGAAAGCAUAUUCCACCGAUUACAAACUCCAGCAGCAAGAUACAUGGGAAGUGCCAUUUGAGGAGAUCUCAGAGCUGCAGUGGCUGGGUAGUGGAGCCCAGGGAGCUGUGUUCCUGGGCAAAUUCCGAGCUGAAGAGGUGGCCAUCAAGAAAGUGAGAGAGCAGAAUGAGACGGAUAUCAAGCAUUUGAGGAAGUUGAAGCACCCUAACAUCAUCGCAUUCAAGGGGGUGUGUACCCAGGCCCCAUGUUAUUGUAUCAUCAUGGAGUACUGUGCCCACGGACAGCUUUACGAAGUCUUGCGAGCUGGCAGGAAGAUCACCCCACGACUGCUCGUAGACUGGUCCACAGGGAUUGCGAGUGGAAUGAAUUACUUACACCUGCAUAAAAUUAUUCAUCGUGAUCUCAAAUCACCUAAUGUUUUAGUGACUCACACAGAUGCAGUAAAAAUUUCAGAUUUUGGUACAUCUAAGGAACUCAGUGAUAAAAGUACCAAGAUGUCCUUUGCUGGCACAGUUGCAUGGAUGGCACCAGAGGUGAUACGGAAUGAACCUGUCUCUGAAAAAGUUGAUAUUUGGUCUUUUGGCGUGGUGCUUUGGGAGUUGCUGACAGGAGAGAUCCCCUACAAAGACGUAGAUUCAUCAGCCAUUAUUUGGGGAGUUGGAAGCAAUAGCCUGCACCUCCCAGUUCCUUCCACUUGUCCAGAUGGAUUCAAAAUCCUUAUGAAACAGACAUGCUGCGGGGUGGGUUAUGUGCCCAGUGUCUCCUAUUCCCUCUGCCUUUGCACCAGUCUGGCCGAAAGACCACCCGGAGAUUCAGAAUGGAGAGAAGAAGUAAAAAAACACUUUGAGAAGAUCAAAAGCGAAGGAACCUGUAUACAUCGGUUAGAUGAAGAACUGAUUCGAAGACGCAGAGAAGAGCUCAGGCAUGCACUGGACAUUCGUGAACAUUAUGAGAGAAAGCUUGAGCGGGCUAAUAAUUUAUACAUGGAGCUGAGUGCCAUCAUGCUGCAGCUGGAGAUGCGGGAGAAGGAGCUCAUUAAGCGAGAGCAAGCAGUAGAAAAAAAGUAUCCCGGAACUUACAAACGGCACCCUGUCCGCCCAAUAAUCCACCCAAAUGCCAUGGAGAAACUCAUGAAGAGGAAAGGUGUCCCUCACAAAGCCGGGCUACAGACCAAGCGGCCAGAUCUAUUGAGAUCUGAAGGUAUUCCUAAUACAGAGGUGGCUUCCACCACAUCCCCUUUGUCUGGAAGUCCCAAAAUGUCCACCUCAAGCAGCAAGAGCCGAUAUCGAAGCAAACCACGCCACCGCCGGGGAAACAGCAGAGGCAGCCAUAGUGACUUUGCAGCAAUCCUGAAAACCCAACCAGCCCAGGACCCCUCACCCCAUCCUUCUUACCUACACCAAGCCCAACCCCAGUCCCCUUCUCUCCAUCACCAUAACCCUGUACAGCAGCAAUACCAGCAACCCCCUCCUGCCGUGUCUCAGAGCCACCAGCCCAGACUCAAUAUGCAUAGACAGGACAUCGCAACCUGCGCUAACAACCUGAGAUAUUUUGGACCAGCUGCAGCCCUGCGGAGCCCACUCAGCAACCACGCUCAAAGACAGAUGCCUGGCUCUAGCCCUGACCUCAUCUCCACAGCCAUGGCCGCAGAUUGCUGGAGAAGUUCUGGGCCUGAUCAGGGCCAGGCUGGUCUUUGGGACUGUUGUCAGGCUGACCCCUAUGAUCCCUGCCUCCAGUGCAGGCCAGAACAGUCUGGGUCUUUGGACAUUCCCACUACUGAGCCAGCGGGGAGGAGCCCUGACCUCUCCAAGUCACCAGCACACAAUCCCCUCUCAGAAAACGCUCAAGGCUCUGAGAAAAUGGGAGGAAAUGAAUUUAGUGGCUGUACAUCUGCAUCAUCCCUUGGGACCCCUCAUCACGUCACCCCCUCAGUGCUACCUCGGAAAACCAGGCCCCUUCAGAAGAGUGGCGAUGACUCCUCAGAAGAAGAAGGGGAAGUAGAUAGUGAAGUCGAAUUUCCACGAAGACAGAGGCCCCACCGCUGUAUCAGCAGCUGCCAGUCUUACUCAACCUUUAGCUCUGAGAAUUUCUCCGUGUCUGAUGGAGAGGAAGGAAAUACUAGUGACCACUCAAACAGUCCCGAUGAGUUAGCCGGUAAACUUGAAGACCGCCUGGCAGAGAAGCUGGAUGACCUUCUGUCCCAGACCCCCGAGAUCCCCAUUGAGAUAUCCUCACACUCGGACGGGCUCUCUGACAAGGAGUGUGCAGUGCGCCGUGUGAAGACGCAGAUGUCGCUGGGCAAGCUCUGCGUGGAGGAGCGUGGCUACGAGAACCCUAUGCAGUUUGAAGACUCGGACUGCGACUCUUCAGAUGGGGAGUGCUCCGACGCCACCAUUCGGACCAACAAGCUCUACAGCUCUGCUACUUGGUGAUGAAGGAAAACCCUCUGGAAGACCUCCUGACACUGGUGUUUCAAAUCCACCCCAGCCCUAACCUCUUUUCCUAUCUCUCCUUGCUUUUUUCGUCUGGGAGGAGAGCCACCCCAUCUUUAUUACCCCUAGAAAUGAGCUGCAAUAACAGGAACACGAGACUUCGUGAAAUCUCCAGGAAAAAAAAAAUCCAAAUGAAAUUUAAGUCUCACUGAACAUUUCAAUCAAGAAUGGCAGGGAUAUAUUUUAUUGAAUAUUCUAUCUACUGUAACAUUGAUAUUUAUUUUUGUUGGACAUUUUAACACUUUGUACUGUAAAGAGUGAACUAUAUAUGGUAUAUAGAAAGAAUAAUUUCUUGCAAGAGAGAGAGAGGAAGAAAAAAAGAAAGAAAGGGAAAAGAGAGAAAAUGAAAUGGAUUAGAUGCAGCAUCCGUGGGAGUUUGUAGGGAAGGGAGGGUACUGAUUGCUGCUGCUUGAACAAGGGACCAGAUCCUUUGCCUAUAAAUGACUAAAGAACCACAGCAAGACAAGGCAUAGUAAGCUUUUUAGAACAUAAAGAAUAGCAAGAGAAAAAGCAAUGCCAGGUCAUUUGUGAAUAGACCCAUUGUUUUGGCCCAGCUUGUCCAGGUGGGGGAUAGAAAUGGCCUGGCAAGGUUUGGUGAGUAGAUAGUAGCCCCCUGAGAUCUCUGAGGGUGCGUGCCUUCUCAAGGAGGAAAAUCAAAAGAACAAAGCUGUAUAUGUGGAUUUCACUUUAAAAAAAAAAAACAAAAAACUUGAAGCAGCAUUUGGCAGUGAGGCUUAUAGAUAAAGUCCAACUUUGUCCAUGGCAGACACUUCCCCUUUUAAUAUUUUCCUUGACAUUACCUUGACCAAGAUAUUGAUCUUUCCAGACUCAGUGCCAUUUUUCUCCACCUGUGGACUACUUCCUUUAGGAAGGUGGAGAGGAGGGUCUCCUAGGAAGAAGGAGAAAAGGGUAAGAGAAGAAAACAAACAUCCAAAACAAUGUUAAAAAAAAGAAAUGCAGAAUUUGUGCAUGCUCAUGAUGGUGAAGGUAGACCCACCCCUCUCUAGACGCAGGUUGUUUUUCUGCUGAAUCCUAUUGAUUCAGACAGGAGGAUAGAUUUUGAAGGCAGCUAGUAUGUGUGUGUUUGUCUGUCCAACGUCCAAUCCCAAACGAGCCCCUUGUUUUUAUGUAUUAAUUCAUCCUAUCUUGGAAGCUUUAGUGUCUAGCCAUCACUGUCAGACUAGAGACAACCCUUCUCCCACUACAAUGGCAUUUAUGUUCAACACUACUUGUAAACUGUAUCUUACUUCACUCUGAAUCGUUGUAGUUUUGAUUAGCUGAAUUAGGAAAUUUGUGGAAAGAACAAAUGAUGCUGAGCAGGUAUUGGAAAUACUUUACAUUGUCAAAGCAUGAGGGCUUUCCUGUCUUCAGAGGUCCUGAGCAUCCAAAGGUACUUCAUGGAGCCUUUCAGGAAAACAAAGUUAUAUUUUUGAGACAGGGGCUCACUAGGUAGCUCAAAAUGGCCUCACACUCACCGUCCUCUCUCAGCCUCCUGAGAGCUGGGAUUUAUAGGUAUGUGCCGUCCAUGCUCAGCUUAAGGAAAAGUUUAUCUAGUACAAGCAGAUGUUGUGUAGAAGUCUCACCUGUGUCUCUGAGAUAGGCUACUGACAGCCUCUGUUGACUGGCUGAUUCUCACAAUGAAGCCUAUGAGAGUUUUGGGAGACUUGCGCAUGCUUGUUGUAUUAAAAGCAUUUCCAACACAGGUGGAAAGCACCCCUCCCCUAAGCAUCACUAACUGAAUCAGCCAAAAAGGAAAGGCAGGAGAGAGUUUAAAACAGUUCUUUUGUUUGUUUAUUUGUUUCCUCCAUUUGUUUACACUUUGUGUUGAGACACUGACUUAAAACUUAGUGUCUCUAAUUUACAGUCCAUCGGUAGGAUGAAGGAAAAUGUUUAAUUUAUACAAAGAACAGUAUUGUUGCAUUAAAUUAUUCCAUUUUGUAUCCAAUUCUGUAGCUGGACUACAUGAAAGACCUUAAGUUAUGGCAUUUAUUUUGUCUUUGUUAUUUUAUUUUAUAUUUUCAUUCUCAUUUUCUGUCGAUCAGAAGGUGUGGUUUACGAUGUAGCACAAUGAUUGUUUAUUGCUAACUAUGAAUUAGUAUGGAUUUUGUGAUUUAAAGCUUGAAAAUGGAACUGCCCUUUGGGAGCUCCAGGUAUAUAUAUAUAUAUAUUCAUGGUAGCUGUAUCUCCUGAUGGUCUGUGUAUAGUAGCAGUGACCUGAGGUAGUUGCUCUGCCCUGAAGUCCAGUGCAUACCUUGUGACCUUGCGCUUGAUCCAAUCAUGGAAGCUCUUAGGUGGGCAGGUGACUUUUGAACCAGUAGUAGUUCAAAAGUGUAAACUGUCUUAAAUUUCUUAAGAAAUAAAAUUAUGGGACUACAUUAGAAGCAAACAGAG